AUGGGUUCUAUAGCAGAGAACGGAGUAGAGCAUCCUUCGGGCCAACUCAUAGUGCACGCUAUCGAGGAGAAGGCGAGAUGGAUACCAAACAACAUGUUCAUGAGAUACGCGUUGGAAGACUGGGAGCAGGACGGUUACAAAACAAUUACGUGGAAGCAGUAUGCCAACGCCAUCGACAAGAUGGCUUUCUGGUUUGACGAGCAGCUCAGAAAGGCGGUAGAUCGCGAAACGGUUGCUUACUUUGGGCCGAACGAUCCCCGAUAUGCCAUCCUGGUACCGGCGAUUGCUAAAAAUGGACGCAGGUUGCUGGUUCCAGAUGGCCGUGUGACCAACGAGGGGCUGGCGGGAUUGGUGGCGGUGACCAACUGCAAAGUUUGGCUCUAUGCAACAGACGAUCCUGCAGGACCAUUGGUUAAACCGGAGUCGAGCUUGAAAUUAUGUGCAGUACCGUCAUUGGAGUGGAUGCUCGACAAUGAAGGGCAGGAGCGCUACCCAUAUGAGACAACCUUUGAAGAGGCCAAGUGGGAUGAGAUAGUCAUCAUCCAUACAUCCGGCACUACUGGCGAUCCUAAACCCAUCUUUCAUACCAACGGGAUGUGGUCCGCGCUGAGAAACGUACCCAUACUUAGCCGAAGACACUGGCCUCGAGGCAUCGUGUAUGAAAGCUGGAUCGGAAAGACAGCUCUGAAUCCUUGUCCACCGCAAUGGGUAGCCGGCCUGCAUGCGAUGAUCAUGGCGCCAGUGUUUCUCGAUGCUCCAUGUGUGAUGAUGCCCAGAGGCGAAGUUACCCUGACUCCCGCCCUGUUCAAGAAGAUUACUUCGAUGAACAAGAUCGACGGCAUGAAGUGUCCGCCCUUUACUAUUGCCGGCCUCUACGAAGAUCCAGUAACCAGAGACAUUUUGAAAUCGCUGGAGUUCGUCGUAUACAUUGGCGCACCCUUGGACCGAGCGAUUGGGGACGACCUCUAUCAGCACACGCGAUUAAGCCCAGUCAUCGGAUCUACAGAGACUGGAGACCAGAUCGAUCUACGACCAGCGGAUAGGAGCCUUUGGUACACGCACGACUUCGUUCCGGAGAAUGGUCAUAAGAUGGUGCCUUUUGAUACGGAGGGCUUAGAUAAUCUUCACGAGCUUAUCCUCGAGAAUGCUGUGGAUGGUCGUACCAACCCUUUCCAGCUAGCUUUCUGGAACUCAGGACAUCGGUACUUGAAGCGUAUUGAAACUAAGGAGCUGUACCGACCUGUCAAAGACUCUGACGGUCGCACACGAUGGGCAUUCUCUGCUCGCAAAGAUGACUUGACCAAGCUGGACUGGCUGGCGAAGUUCCAUGCCCAGGACAUUGAGAGCCGGAUUCUGCAACACAAGGAGGUGCAGAACGUGGUGGUGGGCGGAGAGGGUCGUCCUGCGCCGUACGUUAUUGUGCAAGUAAAGGAGGGAACAUUGGAUGAGAAGAGCGAGGCGCAGCUGCUUGAUGAGCUGUAUGAUAGCGUAAUUGCUGGCGCCAACAAGAACGAUAUCGACGAAAUCAGGAUUCCGAGGGAGACGGUUAUGGCCGCGACGAAAGAGAAACCGCUCAAGGUUAAUUUCAAGCAAGUGGUGCAGAGGAGGGCUAUUGAACAAGACUACCUGGAGGAGAUCGAGCAGGCGUAUCUGCAGUUACAGUGA